UAUCUUACACUCUAGCAAAAGAAUGCAGUGAAUCUUUCUUGGUCUUUUGGAUGAAUAAAACAUGGCGUCAUGUUCAACAGGGAUGAGCUGCAGGUGACACUUGUUGACGCACAGUCCACGGUCCAGCAACUAACAUGUAAACAACCUUGGGCCGGCACAAGUGAUCCAGCAACUACCAUGUAAACAAAUGAAAUACCUUGGGCCGGCACAUGGCCGGCAGUGAAGCUUUUGAACUAGUCACCAGAGCAAUCCAUCUAUUCUCAAAAAGGGAAGCAGAGAAGAGAACAUUGAUAGAGAGUUCAGACAUCAACCACGCCGGCUAGACCAUCUUCAACACAGCGGCGAGGUACAGGUCAAACCUUGUGAACUUUGCUUCUACUACUCUGUAAAGCUCAUCUGGAGCUUGCUUACCAUAGGCCACCAACUGACUGGUUACAGUUUCCGCUUGCAGCACCAUGGGUCCUGCCGUGCUCUUCUUCCUCAUGCUUGUGGCUGCAGCACCGCUGCACUUGGCAGCGCAGACCUUGAAUGAUUCCAUGGCCAAACCCUCGACGGUUUGGAUCAAUAACGGCCUUUUGCUCCGCCACGGCUAUAGCGGCAUCCGCACCAUCAUCACCUGUUCUCUACAACCACAAACUCAAGGCCCCCCUGACGUCAAACUUCACUAUGCCGUGGGGUUCAUAUGUGUCUCCUCUCAGUCCUCUCAAUCCCCGUGCAGUGACUUUCUCUUCGCGGUAUUCGUUUACAUCAACACAAGUAUAAGCAUCAAUGCCACAGAUCUGGAGCCACGGGUGGUUUGGUCUGCCAACCAAGCUCACCCUGUCCGGGAGAAUGCGACCCUUGAGUUUACCUUGGAUGGGAACUUGGUCCUCCGUGAUGAUGAUGGCAAUCAUGUAUGGUCCAGCAGCAGCUCGAGCCGGUUUGUAAUCGGCAUGGUGAUCACUGAGAUCGGCAAUCUAAUGUUGUUUGAUCAGAGAAAUGCAAUGGUGUGGCAGUCAUUUGAUCAUCCUACCGACACAUUGCUUCUUGGUCAAUCACUUCAAGAAGGUAUGAGGCUCACUGCAAGCACUUCUACAACAAAUAUGAUUAAGAAUCAAUUUUAUAUCAUUGUACUCCCAGAUAGGUUAUGUGCUUAUGUUGAAUCCACACCACCAAAACCCUACUACUGCAAGUACUGGAUGACCGACAACAAGAGAGGAAAUGAUCCAAUAAAUGUUACAUUCAUGAAUGCAAGCCUCACCUUCUUUGUGCAAUCAGAAAUCUAUGAUCGUAUCUUACUACCAGCAGCUAAAUCCACCCAGUACAUGAGGUUAGAUUUAGAUGGACACUUGAGGUUGUAUGAAUGGUCCAUUGAAACAUGGAAAAUGAAGUAUGAAGUAAUUGGAAUAAGUGAUUGUGCUUACCAAACAGACUGCGGGGAGUACAGCAUAUGCACCACGGGGCAUUGUACUUGUAUACAUGAGAACUAUUUCAGUUCAACCUACUUCAGGCUGGUGAAUGAGCGGAGACCAUCUCUUGGUUGCACACCAGUAACUCCAAUCUCUUGUCAAGAAAUUCGACACCAUCAGCUCUUGGCACUUACUGAUGAUAUUCCUUACUUUGAUGAUAGCCACAUGGUUGUGAAUACAACAAAUAAGGAUGAAUGUAAGAGAGCCUGUUUGGAAAACUGCUCCUGCAGGGCCGUCAUGUUCAGCUAUGACCAAUUGGGUCAUAGCAUAUGUGUCUGGAUGACAAAGGUCUUCUCCUUGCAAGCAAUACAACCUACAACCAACCUCGGUUACGAGAAGUACUCCACUGCUUACUUGAAGGUGCAGCUUAGCCACUCAAUUUCAGCAUCAACUUCAAACAAAACAAUGAUUAUAUUAGGUGUCGCAUUUGGAGCUAUUGCUACUCUUGCAUUUCUUGCUAUUAUGAUCACUAUUUAUCUACAACAGAGAAGAAAGAAUGAAGACAAAGGUGAUGAAUAUGAUUUCAAUCAUUUUCCUGGAAUGCCGGCAAGGUUUUCUCUUGAGAAGUUGAGGGAAUGCACUGAAGGAUUUGGUAAGAAACUCGGAGAAGGUGGGUUUGGGUCGGUUUUUGAAGGGAAAUUAGGUGAAGAAAGAGUUGCCGUAAAACGAUUGGAAGGUGCUAGUCAAGGAAAGAAAGAGUUCUUGGCAGAGGUUGAGACUAUUGGUAACAUUGAACACAUCAAUAUUGUGAGUCUGAUUGGAUUUUGUGCAGAGAAGUCUCAGAGGCUCCUGGUAUAUGAAUAUAUGCCAAGAGGGUCGCUUGAUAGGUGGAUCUAUUAUCGUCAAAACAGCGAUCCCCUUGAUUGGUAUAUUCGUUGUAGGAUCAUAUUGGAUAUUGCCAAGGGCCUGUGUUACCUUCAUGAGGAGUGCAGGCGAAAAAUUGCUCAUCUAGACAUCAAACCACAAAAUAUUCUCUUGGAUGAUAAUUUCAAUGCCAAAGUAGCUGAUUUUGGACUAUGUAAGUUAAUAAACAGGGACCAAAGCAAGGUAGUAACCGUGAUGAGAGGAACACCUGGAUAUCUGGCACCCGAAUGGUUGACGUCACGGAUCACUGAAAAAGUGGAUGUCUACAGCUUUGGAGUUGUUGUCAUGGAAAUAGUAAGUGGAAGAAAAAAUAUUGACAAUUCUCAGGCUGAGGAGGAAGUUCAGCUCAUACAUAUAUUACGGGAAAAAGAACAAAACAAUCAAUUAAUUGACCUGAUCGACAAGCAUAAUGGCGAUAUGGUGUCACACCAGGAGGAAGUGAUUCAAAUGAUGAAGCUCGCAGUGUGGUGCUUGCAAAAUGACAGCACUCGAAGGCCUUCAAUGUCAACAGUGAUCAAGGUAUUGGAAGGUUCUGUGAGCGUAGAAACUUUUGAUGCAAAUUCAAUCAUGCUUGUUCAAGAUAAUCUGUCCACAUAUUCAGGUCCAUCUCAAGCAUCCAUAUUAUCAGGCCCAAGGUGAAACGGGUGGAUAAUGAAAUUAAUUUCUAGUAUGUUUUUGCUUUUGUAUCCUGUAUUGUAUAUGCUAUGCAAUUUAAGUUUGGAUAGCUCAAAUUGUAACUUCCAGCCAAUAUAUAUGUUUGAUUGUCCAGUGAAGUAUAUCACUGUUGACUCAUACCUUGAUGAAUUAUGUUUGAAUAUCGCGUCGGUCCAGCGUUAAUCUUAUCUGUCUGAAGGUGAGACAGGUGGCCAAUGAGGAUGAUUUGCUUGUCUUACAUGGAUUCUGUGUCCCUCUCCUGCCAUUAUGUUUGAUUGGGUGUGGCCCCAUACUCCAUGGAGAUACAUAACGUUGGUUUUCUAUACAAAACAGAAGCGAUAUUAUUUGACAUAAAAGCCAGUUGACAUUUAGUUAGCUUAAUCAGGUCUCAAACUCGAUUGGGAAUUGGGAUGAAAGUUAAUAUCAACUUGAUGUUCUUCUGCAAGUAGCAACUCACAGUGUGCUGACAAACAAUUCGAAUUGCAGGCUUCAGUGCUUUCAAAUUCAGUGAAACUAUACCCAUCAAGGUUUGUGCAGUUAAACUAACAUGAGAGCUGAUAAACACAGCGAACUACAUUCGAAUUUGAUUCACAGGAACCAAAAAGCAUAAGCAUUAUCAGCCGAAUUUGAAUCAGAUCCAACUACGUACAGCCUCAUCUUUUAUUUUCGAUUUGGGAUUUAGAACAUACUGAACCGGGCAGAGGCUGCCUGUGGGGGGAAGAGGGAGGCAGAACCUGGGGAAGCAGACGCUCCGUGGAGGAGAAGCGGGGCGUGGCCCACUGCAGGCGCACGGGAGGAACCCAUCGGCGUCGCCUGCCGUCGAGUGAGGUGAUGAUUGUGCGCAGUUCCGCGUUGAACCGCAGCAGAAGGAGGUCCAAGUGCCUGCUGCCAUCAAGCCACGCGGGGACACGGGGUUACCAUGCCGGGGUAGUGGCGGCAGCAGGCCGCCGGAGCUUUGAGGUUUCGCGGAAGCGCCGGCGCCGGCGCGGGAGGGGAAAAGGAGCCGACCAGGUGGCAGUUUUUUUUAGUGGAG